UAUAAGGCUGUCCCAUCAACCUGCAAGGCAAAAUCCAGGAGCUUCGGCUGCCACCCCACCACCCUGGCACCCAUUAAUUUUGGUUCCUUUCCCAGAGCACCCAGGAAUCUUGUGUCUCUGCACCCUUGUCUCAAACUGUAUUAUCUAGGAGGCGCUAAUACCCACUCCCAAAAACCUUCUUUGGACCAACUAACUACUGCCUCUCCCCCAGAGAACCCAGAAGAGAACCUGUCUCCCCAAAACGCAGGUGUAACCAAGAGACGCGGGUUGCGUCCUCCUCGCAUCAUGUCCUCGCUCCUUUUCCUGGCACUGCUGGCGGUUCUCUGGUUCUCACAAGGCUCUGCACAAGUGGGAGUCAGGAAUCUGACCGACCCCAAAUGUCCACUGCGGAAAAAGAAUUUUACAAUGCUGACAGGGCAGACGUGCCAGAAGAACUGUGAGCGCCGCAGGUGCUCCAAAAGCAGGAAGUGUGAAUGUGACGGGGAAUGUGGAAUGAGCUGCAUUUCUACAGGAUUGAGGUGUGCAUGGCCGGUGACAAUUGACAAUGCUGAGACACAACUGGUCCGGGAAUCCAGUAUGUUUGGGGACUUAAUGGAGGUAACAUGCAAGCCUGGAUUUAUAAUGGCUGAUGGGCAGGAAGUGGCAUUAAGUCGCUGCCAAGGAGACGCGAAGUGGAGCUUCACUUUACCCUGUGAAGAUGUUCUUAACCCACCAUCCCACUGCAAAUCACCACCAGAGAUUGAAAAUGGAGCUCAUGAAGGGGGCCCUUACAACACAGGGAGGGAAGUGCACUACUGGUGUGACUAUGGAUAUCGCCUAGAGGGACCCAACUCUUUAUGCCAAGAGAAUGAGGAAUGGUCACAUGCAGCCCCAACCUGCCACCCUGUGACCUGUUCCCGACCCCCCAAUAUUGCUGAAGCAACCCUGGUUGCUGUGCACCAGUCUGAAUACCCUGUGGGAACUGUCAUCUAUUACUUGUGUAACAAGGACUUCCUCUUAGAUGGCUCUAACAGAGUGGUUUGCCUGGAGAAUGGAAACUGGUCCCAACUACCCUACUGCAGAGCCCGCUGUCCCAUCACUGCCAAGAGGAGCCGGAUGAUCUACCAAGGGCGUAAGCUCUGGGUCUAUGAGAUCCCUGGUGGUCUGGUCCAUCAUGGAGAAAUUGUCACAUUUUUCUGCCGUAGUGAGAACAAGACCUGCAGUUUUACGGCUGACAGCCAGUGUUUCGAUGGUGUGUUGAAGAUGCCUGACUGCUACGAUGAGCCAACCUAUCUGCAAUACCACCUGUUCCCCAAAAGAGUUGUAUCUGAAAUACCUGCUUGUUGAGCACACCUUCAAUCCAUACAUUCUCCAAUGAUAUGCUUCCUUCUCUUCUUGUUCUGGCUCAGCAGGCCUCUUGGAAGUGCAGAAAAGACAGAUGGAAAAGAGGCAAUCAACACAAGCAAAUAGGAAACCAGCCACAUUCAAAACAGAGAUCGGGCCUGGGAAUUUAAGUAUCCUGAUGGCCAACAGCUAGCUAUUUUAUUGUACUCUAUUUAUUUUCUAUCUUUGUUGCUCCCCAGAUGAGCACAGAGAUCCCUUUCAGGUCAUAAAACAUGCAAGUCA